AUGGGCAACUGUGUGAAGUCUCCACUGAGAAACCUCUCAAAAAAGAUCCACCAUGAGGAGAAGACAUGCUAUAAGGCUGUCCAGACGAGCGAGGAGGGGUCGUCGGGCUGCGAGUACCAGGGCCCACUCAUGGUGCUGGCCCAGAACUGCGCCGUGAUGCACAACCUCCUGGGGCCAGCAUGCAUCUUCCUGAGGAAGGGCUUCGCAGAAAACAGGCAGCCAGACAGAGAGCUGCGUCCAGAAGAAAUAGAAGAGCUGAGAGAAGCGUUCAAGGAGUUUGAUAAAGACAAAGAUGGCUACAUCAACUGCCGGGACUUGGGGAACUGUAUGCGAACUAUGGGUUACAUGCCUACUGAAAUGGAGCUUAUAGAAUUGUCCCAACAGAUCAACAUGAAUUUGGGUGGCCAUGUAGAUUUUGAUGACUUUGUGGAGCUGAUGGGACCAAAACUUCUGGCAGAGACGGCAGACAUGAUUGGGGUCAAGGAAUUACGAGACGCUUUCAGAGAGUUUGACACCAAUGGUGAUGGAGAGAUCAGCACCACCGAACUACGAGAAGCUAUGAAGAAACUGCUUGGACAACAAGUGGGGCACCGGGACAUAGAGGACAUAAUACGGGACGUAGACCUGAAUGGAGAUGGGCGAGUGGAUUUCGAAGAGUUUGUCAGGAUGAUGUCCCGCUGAAGACUGUUUCAGGGUUGAAAAUUAAGCAGCAUCUGAGGGUAGAAAAGGGCCCGAAUGGAGCAUCUAGCCCGUGUUCCUAUGCAAAGACUGACACGCUGGCUGCACGUGAGUUAGUGCAAUACAAUGACCUGUCUCUCCGAUCCAAAGUGGCCCUGAUGCUCCUUCACCCUUCCACACUGUGAAAGACUUGCAAUCUGCUACAACUGGAAUCACUGCUCAGAGAAGCUAGCUGUGGGGAAAGCUGCACUCUGGGAGCAGCCUCGGAGCAUUUGCAACCUGAUGAAGACCUCCUUCCCUGCUCUUACUCUUCCACCAACCGCUGCAAAGCAACAUGAGGAGAGGUUUUUCCCGGAACUGGUGGCUUACAGUGAGGCCAUCCGGGAUUGGUGCCUGCCAUAGACUGUGCUCUGCGCCUUUUUCCCCUUGGUGAACUGAGUCUGUAUGUGCU